AAAGCCGCGUGAGGUUUCGGAAGUGACGUAGGCGCCUGCGCCCUGGGAGGCCAUGGAGUCACAGCAGCGGCAGGUGCAGCAGCAGCAGCAACAGCUGCAGUUGAGAAACCUUAAGGACUUUUUGUUGGUGUACAACCGGAUGACAGAGCUCUGCUUCCAGCGCUGUGUGCCCAGCUUGCACCAUCGAGCCCUGGAUGCAGAAGAGGAGGCUUGCCUGGACAGCUGUGCAGGAAAGCUGGUCCACUCCAAUCACCGCCUAAUGGCUGCAUAUGUACAGUUGAUGCCUGCCCUGGUACAGCGGCGAAUGGCAGACUAUGAGUCCACUGCAGCACUGGCAGAGAGAACUGGAUCUUCAUCAAGCCCCAUGGCUGGCCAGCAUGAGGCUGCAGGCCCAGGAAGCUAGGGGAUUCCUGUUCACCUACCACUUUGGGAUGGAAAGCUCAAAUAUAGGACUUUCUGAUAUCUGGAAAGUGUACAGUGUGACCUGGGCAAUCUAGGGGGCUUUCUGGAGCUAUCCUGUGUCAGUCCCACUUCUGUUGUUGCCUCCCAAAUGCCCUUAUGUCAUCACACCAGGGCCCUACUAUCUCCCACAAGGGGUGUCCAGGCAGAGGGAGAGUGGGCCAGGAUACCCUUCAAAUUCCAAAGGAAAUAGUACAAGGGGCUAGAACCAGAGAUGACUGAACAGAAAGAGAAGACUGCUUGGAUCCUCAGAAGGGUUAGAAGGCAAGAAAGAAAAUUAUUAGUUCAUGGCAACCCUUCUGACCCCCUGUUACUGAAACCCAGGGAUGGCAUUACUUUGAGUCUAGAAGCAUCCCUAACUCUGUAUUGUUCCCCUUAUCUGACCCUGCCUGUCAGCAGUAAAGUCUUUAUGAGUUUCCAUGGAUUGUGUGUGCUUGCUUUAGGGGAAGCAGGGUAGGGAUUGGUUGAGACUUUUCUUGUCCCUCUCCUGGACAGGGGUCUGGGAUAAAGAGAAAGAUACUGUCUCAGAAGUGUUGGCUGUUGGAUUUAGGAAGCCUUAAGCUGUCAGAGAAGCUUCCUUAGGCAUCUUUUGUUUUUUAGUGGCUACUUUCCCAGCUAAAUCCCUCUACCUGUAUCUUAAAUUCUAUUCCCUGACCUCUCUUCUAAGACCUUGAUUCAACUAUCUUUCCUCUUCUCUGUUUUCCUUUCCAUACAAACAUUUUCUCCCUUGCUUCUCUGACCCUUAAAUCUUCUUAUCCUAAAAACCAAAAACUCCCUGGACUCUGCUACCCUCUUCAGCUGUUAUUCUCAAUCUUCACUGUCAAACUCCUAGGAAGAAUAAUCUAUACUAAACUUUCUCAACAUUCCACUUUCUCCCCCACUUUAUCAACACAUUCUUUCAUGCCCUGAAAUCUGGCUUCUAUCCCCAGCACUAUACUGAAACAUUUUCCCCAUGGUCAUAAAUGACUGUCUUAUAACCACAUCUAAUUAGUCCCUUCUUCGAUCUUUGCAGCAUUUAUACUCUCCUCUCCUCCCCCCCAUUUAUACUCUCUCACCUGAAAGUAAACUUAGUGUUUUCCCCAGACCUACUUAAAAUUUCCCUGUUUCUAUAGUUGUCACCAUUGUCCUCUAGAUACUGAAGUUUGCCUCUUUGCCUCUUGAGUUGUCUUUUACUGGCUUUUCCUUUCCCAAGCCCAAACCAAUGAGUUUUCAUGGCUUGUCUGUCUUAUUUAUGUAAUAUCUUUUGCAACCAUCCUAUCUUUCAUCUUUCACCUAGUCUGUGAUAGCAAUCUCCUAACUGAUCUUUCUACAUCUUCUCACCUUGUUAAUUCAUCCAUGUAACUGGCAAAAUAAUCUUAAUAAAUGAUAAGGCUACUACUGUCAAACUGGCCCUGUUUGAAAAUAUGUCAUGGGUCCCCGUUAUCUGCUGAUUAAAGUCCAAAUAACUUGGUACUCAAAGCCGUCUAUGAUUUGUCCCUAAUCUACCUUCCUAGCCUUGUCUUCAUUGCUUCUCUUCACUUAAACGUAUACCACAGCCAUACUGAAUGACUGGCUUUGCUGGGGGUAUGCCUUAGGUUUUCUUGGCUCUAAGACUCUGCACAUACCAUCCCCUCUACCAUGAGUGUCUUUACCCACCCCUCAAGACCCAAUAUAAAUAUGACCAAGAAACUCCCUGUUUCCUUCAGUUAAUAUCUUAAAUGCAGCCCUUUGUCCCAUUCUUGGUACUUUUACAUCACUUGGGGUUUGGACUCCCAUCCUUAACUAGCUGUGUGACCAAUUGUUAAGUCACAGUAAACUAUUCUGAACCAUAAUCUUUAAAACUAGGUAAUAAUGCUUGCACUACCCUACCUCACAGGGUUAUGAUGGAAGUGUUAGAUGUGUGCUGUUUGAAAAACUAGGAACAACUUAUUUGGGAAUGGCAUAAAUUAUGAUUUAAAGAUGAAAAGUACCGUGGCAUAGUAGAUAGCUGGCCUCUAUUAGGAGGCCCUGCCUCUGAAAUAUGUUGGAUGGGGAACCCUGGGCAAGUUACCAGACUUGUCAGUGCCUGGGCAGUUGUCUAAGACAUUCAUCAAAAUGGAAGGAGCUAUUCAUCUGGGAGGUCCCUCUACCAGUAAAAUCACAAGUUCAGUCACUAUCUCCAUAUCUCUUACUGAUGAUCUAUCAAUGGCGUAUAAGAAAUAGGAUAGGUAGUGGACCUGGGAUUUCAUUGGUAGGGAGAAUUCCUGAAUGUGAAAAGUUCUCCUACUGGUGCACGUGAGUACCUGCUCUGUAACUCUUAGGGUCACUGAGGUUAAGUAACAUUUGCCCAGAAUCACACUGGCAGUAUAUGUCAGAGGCAAGUUUUGAACUCAGGUUGAUUCCACUAGGCCGUACUGCCUCUCAAGAAUAUGAGAAAUUAUGUAUAUGAAAUAUGCAAAUGGAAGUCAGAAUAAGAACAUUGACUAAAAGGCAAUGAUACUUUAGAAGUAUAUUCAGAAGAAAAUAAAUUUUUAUUUUUCUUUUUUUUAAUCAAAAUACAGAUACCUAAAAACUUCAGAGUUUUAUUUGGAAAUCUCCAUAUUUGGGCUGCUUAUUCAUUAGUAAGUGUAUUGAAAUUUAUAAUUUAAAACAGGACGUGAACUAUUACCCUUGUGUGCAUACAUGUCGAACCCUGUCUCCAUUCUUAUCCCUUGAUUGGCUAGCCCAGUGCCUUGCUAAGCACUUAUUAGGUACUUAAACCGUUGUUGAAUGUAUUAUUUAUGUAUUUCUUACUCUAUAACUCAGCAAGAGAUUGAACUUGUAUUAAGAACUCAAUAAAGACUCUAUAAUCAUUUGCAA